UUAGCACCUGGCACUUGGCGGAGAGAGGCGGUAAGCAGCGAGAAGGAAAGGGGCUAAUCGAACUCACGGCCCGCUGUGGACCAAUCCUGCUAAGCGGAGAAUUGCUGUGGCUAGAUGACGGGGCGUCGAGACAAGAAGAAAGACGUUGGCAACUCAGAGGACUGGUUGCGACGUUAGACAAGAAAGCAAGGCCUUUAAGCAGGGAUUCGGGUUGGACGUCGGGGUGGGCCAAAGCGAAGCCGGAAACAGGAAACUACAACUCCCACAAGGCCUAGGGCCACGUCCCGCCGGCCUCGGCCCCUGAGCCUGAUGGGACAAGUAGUUUUGCGAACGGCUUAAUCUAGAGAUUUAAGAGGUUGGAAGCUAAGAGGCCCGGGGCUUCCGAAGGUCGCGGAGAUGGAAUUGGAGCAGAGAGAAGGGACCAUGGCAGCCGUGGGCUUUGAGGAGUUCUCAGCGCCGCCGGGCUCGGAGUUGGCGCUGCCUCCCCUGUUUGGGGGCCACAUCCUGGAGAGCGAGCUGGAGACGGAAGUGGAGUUUGUGUCAGGGGGUCUGGGGGGCUCAGGGCUCCGGGAGCGAGAUGAAGAGGAAGAGGCAGCCCGGGGUCGGCGGCGGCGCCAGCGGGAAUUAAAUCGCAGAAAGUACCAGGCACUAGGUCGGCGCUGCCGGGAGAUCGAGCAGGUGAACGAGCGGGUCCUGAACAGGCUCCAUCAGGUGCAGAGGAUAACUCGGAGGCUGCAGCAGGAGCGGAGGUUCCUCAUGAGAGUGCUGGACUCCUAUGGGGAUGACUACCGGGCCAGCCAGUUCACCAUUGUGCUAGAGGAUGAGGGCAGCCAGGGCACGGAUGCUCCCACCCCAGGCAAUGCUGAGAAUGAGCCUCCAGAGAAAGAGGCACUGUCCCCGCCCAGAAGGACUCCUGCACCCCCAGAACCUGGCAGCCCAGCGCCCGGCGAGGGGCCCAGUGGACGGAAGAGGCGGCGAGUGCCGCGGGAUGGACGCCGAGCGGGAACUGUGCUGACUCCAGAGCUGGCUUCGGUGCAGGUGAGGAAGUGGGGGGACUCAAGGGGAGGGGCCGGGGCCCCAGAGCUGGCUCCGAUGCAGGUGAGGAGCGGGGGGACUCAAGGGGAGGGGCUAGGGCCAGGGCUGGGCCGAGUCAGGUUCAGGGCUCUUGCGUUUUGGUUCUGCACCCUGAGGGGCCCAGGGCUGGGGAAAGUGGAAGAAAGGAGGUAACCAGGAUGUGUUGGAGGCCUAGGAUGAGGCA